GGCGCAGAUUCGGGUUUGGGCUUGAUUUCUGGACACUGAGAUACGACACUAUUGUCGAAUUCAUGAAGAUAUUCUAUGCGUUCGCCAACGUAUACACGCUCGCAAUAGCCGCUCUCAAAGCAACAAUCUUGUUCUUCUACCAGAGAGUCUUUGGCGGGUUCAGCUCGCCGUUCACCACCAUACUGUGGUGUACCCAAGCGUUCAACCUCUUAACCUUCAUUGGUUUCACGAUCCCAACAAUAGCACAGUGUCAACCACUAAGUUUCGCAUGGGAGGGGUGGGAUGGACGUCAUGAAGGAUUUUGCCUCAAUAUCCUCUCCAUGAUCGUCACUCAUGCCGCUGUCAAUAUAGGUUUAGAUAUAUGGAUGCUUGUGUUGCCCUCAACUCAGGUGCUUCGGCUAAACUUGAGAUGGCGAGAAAAGGCGGAGAUUUUGGCCAUGUUUGGCAUCGGAAUUUUGACCAAUACGAGGAAUCGCGUAGAACUUUACCAACUAACAGGAAUUGUGCCCAAGCAUCACGGCCAGGAUGCAUUCUACCUUCACAUGUGGAGCUACAUUGAGAUAUCAGUCGGCUCUACCCGCUACGCGGCAGCUGCUACGCCACUGGAUCCCAAAAUCAUUUCGAGCUAUAAGACGAGAGGCACCCAGGAAUAUGGCGCAAGCGCGGCCAGGCGAUUCAACGAGGACGCUAAGGAAUACACCAGUUACGGGUCUCAGCGUGGAUCAGGCGAGCCCAACGAGUGUGGAAGGGUUUGCGGCAUCAAGUCGUCAUGGAGAUGA